CAAUCUUUGAUAACCAAUGAAUUGUUUAGUUUGUGGUGAGAAAAAGACUAUAUAUAAGAGAACAAACCAAGCUUACUUUAACCCAUUUUUCACUCAAAGACUAUGGAAGUAACUCAUCCUCUUUCUAUUGAAAGUUUUUCAUAUAGCUGGUUAUUCAACCUUAAACCAUCAUUAGAUCAAAGCCUUGAAACUUCUUCCUUUAGAAUUUCUGUUGAUGCUAUUGAUGAAUUAGGUUCUUCUUUCAUUGAAAUGGAUCCAAGAAUGCCAUCUUCUAGAAGAUUCUUUAUAAACUCACAAGAUUUCAAAUUCGAUUUUCCAAUUUCACAACAAUCUUCUCUCACUACUCUUGUUGAUGCAGAUCAACUCUUUUCCAAUGGUUACUUAAUGCCACUUUGUGAUUAUGAUUCAUCAAAUUCAAAUUCAAAUUCAACCUUACCUUCUUCUUCCAUAUCACAUGUACCAAAAAAAGUGGUUCCUAUAGAAAAUUCAAGAAGCCCUUCAUUGAAAAGGUGUAGAACAUUAUCAAAGAGAAUGAUUCAAAAAUACUUGAAUUUCUUAAAACCAUUGUGUAGAAAAUUGAGGAGUCAAAAAUCAGGAUCAUCAAAGCAUGAAAAUGGUAUGAAAAGAACUCAAUCAGUGAAGAAUGUUAGAGGAAGUUACUGUGAAUCAUCUCCAAGAAUUAGUGUUGCAUAUUCCACGGACAAUUGGCGCAUGUCUUGUGAUUCAGAUAGUUCAAUCUAUGACGCUGUUCUUCAUUGCAAACGAUCUUUUGAAAGAAUGAGUUAAGGAUGCUGAAGUGAAAAUCAGUAUUUUCAAAAAGAAACAAUUUAGGCAGUAACGUAGAGAAUUUUGAUCUUGUUAAUAUGUUAUUUUAUUUUACAAUAUAUGAGAAUCAGCACUGCAACAUUUGUGAAUGUUGUUUAACUACUUUUGGAUUUGGAAAUGUGUGUUAAAGAUGAAAUUGGUAAAUGAUCAUGUCUAAUUAUUUUAUUUAUGU